AUGGACUCUAUCGGGCAAUGCAGGGCGUUGAACGUCUCGGACGAGAAAACUUGCGGGGAAACGGCGACUUCUAUUAAUGGUCUUUACCGUGGUUACAAACUUCGAAACGCAAAACUUGACAGUCUGUCGGCGAAUCCACCAACAUACCUGGCGGAUGCCAAAAUCUCUCUUUCGUCUAGAACAUUCGAAGAUGUUGAUACCAAAGAACUGUGCCAGGAGCUCCAUGAUCAUCUCUUUCUUAAAUUUCAACUCUUGGAUCGUGUAAUUCGGGCAAGAAAGCUCCAUCACAGUCGCUUCUUUUCCAUGGAUAUGGAUUAUGGGCACGAAAAAUAUCUGGAUGUACUGCAAGGGCAAAAGGCUACCAUUGCCAAAGCUUUGGAGAGACUUGAGCGCCGAACCGCAGAGGUUCUUUAUAAGACCGAAAAAUGGUUCGAAUGGGUCCAGGGAUGCCAGAUGGAAGAGGAACAAAACCGAGAAAAGGAGCAGAAGAAGGUCAAAAUGGAAGCCGCAUUAUGGAAGCGGCACUGGAAAGCUACCGAACAACGUAUGCGGGAACAUCGUGCCAAGGAAGAUAAGCAACGGCAAGAUGCUUUCUUGGAGAAGGUCUACAAAGAGCGGCUAGCAGAAAGAGAUGCUGAAGAUGAGUCGGACAUCGACUGGGAUCCUAUUGAGGGCGUGUUGGAAGAUUCUCGCGGCAAUUACAUUGAUCUCAUCGAGCACUUCCUAUGGAUAGAGCCUUCUAAGCCACGGGAAUCGACUGACGCUCAUGAUGUAGAUGCCCCAUCUAAUAACGCAAAUCCUGCUGCCACAACUACUCCUUCCAAGCAGUCUGCCAAAGCUCCUUCAGUUAGUCAGUCAACACCCACGACCUCCUCAAGAAAGUCCAAAAAGAAGAAAUCAUCAAACAGCACUGGCAAUGUCGAACCGGUAACACCGAAGACCCAGGACCAAGCGCCAGACAAAAGCCUGAUCGAAACCAAAGAAGAAAUGGUGAAUCGUCUAAAAUUUGGCACCCAAUACAAUCGCACCAAGUCACGCGGUCUGAUGAUUGCCGGUACGGUUGAAAAUCCUGUGAUGGAACUCAAAACUGUUACAUUUCCUGAAGACGAGAUCGAAAGACUUUUGCAGGAAGUGUACGAAAUUAAGCAACUGUUAUUCUGUCGACUUCUACUGAGCCAUGCUGCUUUGCUUCCAGCAGCUCUUCGAGCCAAAAGCGUAGAAGAGUUCCUUUCCGACGAAGAAGUCACUCCAGCCGCUCUUAGGGAUCUCUGCCUCAAAAUGGAGUCUCCGGGAUUGCAAGAAAUUCGAGAUGCUUGUGCCGAUCUAUUCCGUGCAGAUGAAGAGGAAGACGACGAGCCCAAACCAGUCAAACCAGAAAGUCCCAAGGAUGAACUUGCCUAUUUGAACGGUUGGGGAGGAAAACGUCCUGGAGCUCUUCCUGACAAGUGGAUAUCGAAACGAGACAAGAUUGCAGCAAAGAAGGAAGAAAGAGCGGCUAGUGGCAAGGGUACGAGUGUUGAUGAGGCUCUUGGUACGAUGGGAGGUGGCAUGAUUGACUUUGGCCAAAGCGAACAGGAGACUCUUGAACAACAAAAGAUCAAAGUCAACAUUUGCGGUCGAAGUAUUUGGAACUAUCCCAGUAGCAAAGCCAUGACUCGCAAAGGCUGGCUUCAAUUCUGCAUCAUUGCCAAAGACAGCCGGCUGGAAGAUGCCAUCGCACUCUGUCGACAUUGGGAUGAGUUUUAUGAACUCAAUAUUUUAGCCUGCUGGCAUUACUUCCCGGGAGCCAAUUGGGCAGAUUUUGUUGGAUCCCGUCCAAGACAACAGAUGUUACAACUCGGAUUCAUCACGUAUUAUGAAUCAGAUAGCCCGGACGCGAUGGAAUUGACUGUUCGCCACACGCAAGGAGGAAGACGUGGACAAAACCGGCGUGCUCAUGCUAUGUUUGAGGCGCGUAACAUCAUGUGUGCUCAUAUCAAACGGGACGACCAAGUUAGUCGACGACUCAUUCAAUAUCUCGCCUUGCAGGCUCAUUUGAUAGUUGUUCUCGUACGUGAUGCAGAGACUGGCCGGAUCUUGAUCAAGCCUCCGGAAGAUCAACGUUGGAUCCACCGCGAGAAAAGUGGAUUAGGGCGAGCUUCUAAGAAUGAAUGGAAUGUAAUCACAAGUGUUGGACCGAAGUUCUUUGAACAGAUGGAUCAUCAUAGGGAUUGGCGCUUUUCGUUCAAAGAGUAUUAUGAUCUCUACAUUUGGGAAUUAGAACCAGGGAACUCGUACGCACAUCUUUUCAAUUGUGUUCAGGGGUUGCUUUAUAAAGCCCAUCGAUGCCGUGUAGGGAAAGAUCUAUACAACUCCGAGGCAGAGAUCCUGAAAACUUUGUGCCGUCCGGAAGAUUCGGAGCGUGUCAAAGACAUUCGUCCUGGAGAAGAUACUAUCUCAAUCUGGGAGCAGAUGAAUAGUAUGCAAACACAAUUCUUCUACGGUGAAGUGGAGGAUAUUACACGCCAGCAAGAGGAACUGGAACGCCGAAAGGCGGAAUUUCAGCUUAGCAUUGCGAAUGGUGCCGAGCCACCUGAACCUACCAAUCCAUUUCCCAGGUCACUGUUCUACAAUGACGCCGAUGCUCUCGAGGACGCCAUAUUGUUUCCCGAAGAACUUCAACAAAAGACUCUGGAUCCUUCCUUGAUCGGAAAGAUAUCGCCUAUCAAGGCUUGGGAAGAUGAUGGCUUCGCUCUAAAGAAUUUUGUGCGGGGACUUGACCUGGUUGAUUCUGAUUUGGAGACGGAGACGGAGGAUGAUGGUGAAUCGUGGCAGACAGAAUCUUCAGAGGAUGAGUAUGAACUCGAUGCAUGGACUGCAAACGGAUCUGACGAAGAUGGUGAUCAUGAGAAAUGUAAACACGAAGAGUCAACAACCUCGGACGAUGAUGGAAAGGAAAUUUCUGACGAGCUGCUUGAUAAACUCCUGCCAGCCGGUUACAUGGAUUUGAUGAAGAAAUGUAUGGCAAAGCCGCGCGAUAAACGUGACUUGGGGGACCAUGAUCGUAUGGAUGAUGACUUUAUGACUUAUUUGGAUAAAGAAAAGGCUCGAAUCUUCAAGGAAGUGUGGCACAAGGCAGACCUUGAGCCACUUGCCCAGGAGCGAUACAUUGAAAUGCUGGAUAUGGUGAAAACCUUCCGCAAGUGGGGCAGGCGCAGUGAGAAAUCAAUGACGAACGAAAAGAGUUUCAUACACCUCACUAUAAUGGCUGAAAUGGAGGUCGUUCGUGAAGACUCAAAAGACGCUCAGAAAGCAAUUGCUAAAGUAAUGCCAUUCUUCAGAUCAGACUUUCUAAAGUCCGAGAUGGGUGCAAAGUUCAAGGAUUCCUUAAUGUUCAACCAAUCCGAGCGCGCGAAGCAUGUUCCAGACUGUCGCACUUCGACCUCAACAAUGUACAGAUCUGCCAAAUUCUGGCAACCUUUCGAAGAAGCUGAGGAUAAAAUGAAACAUGAGGAGGAUAUGGAAGCUCUUCCAGAAGAGUGGGAUCUCAAAACACGACCUAUUAUUGCACAUUUAUACAAAGCAGGCGUCAUCCGCACCCGCCCCGACGAAUACUAUUCCGGCCAGGUAACAUGUACCACCGAGCCCUCCCGCCCCAACACCCUCGACAUGUUCAUCGACUACCGCCAUCAAAUGGACAACAUAACCAUGGGAUCCCACAUGCAAAACCCCUACCUCAUCCCCUCCUUCAAAACCACCGCCGCCGCCUUCCAAGCCAAACACCCCGAAGCCCGCUUCUCCGUCCUCCGUCUCUGGUCCGCGCCUCACUUCUACCCUCUCAUGAUCGGCCCACACAACCACGACGCCACCUCCUUCAGAGAUAUCCUCGGCCGUCGCUUCAUCUGGAUGUUCAUCCCCAAGGAUAUGCCCUGCUCCGAGUGGAGUAUGCAUCACACGAUCAGAUUGAGGGUGGAACCACAUGAAGCCUAUUUUAAUGGGAGGGUGAAGAUUAAGAGGGAUAAGCUGCUGGUUAUGGGGGAGACGGAGGAUGAGUGUUUGAAAUUGACGUGUGCGGCCGUUAUGGCGGUGCAGAUGAGGCCGUGGAGGAUGGAGAUUGAUGUUUGGAAGAGCUUUUUUGGGGUGGAGAGGGGGUUUGUGGAGGGGUUGGAUGAGGCGUGGUUGAGUUGA